AGCCAAGAAAUCCCCAUCCCCGUGGAAGCUUCGCAGCGUCCCAGCCGCGGGCCGACUCCCAGGCUCCCGUCAGGACCAUGAGAGCAGGCUCCCCCAGGGCCCCUCGAGGGGCAGGGAUGGCUGCCCAGCCCACGUUCUGCGGCCCGCCUCAGACCACAGCAUCCUCCUAGCACCCAGGACGGAGGGGCCAUGCCUGGGGAGCAGCCCCUCGGAGCACCACCCCCAACCAUGACCGGAGACCUGCAGCCCUGCCCAGCGGCCAGUGGCAAGGGGGCCCCCCCGCCAUCUCCCAGUGAGGUCAGUGUCCCGGCCACCAGGACCCUGAAGGCCACGGGCAGCAGGGCCCAGGCCGUGGACGCCUCUGAGACCCAGGUGCGGCAGGCUGGGAAGGUGGGACCCAAGGUCCUCCUCCCCAGAGCCCAGGCCCUGAGCCGUGCCCCCGGCAAGGGCGGCAGCCCCCAGGCCCCAGCAGGGAGCAAGCUGGCCCAGCCCCGCGCACGGCGGGCGGGCAGGUCGGACGGCAGCCCCCAGCAGCUCUACAGUCUGAGCAUCGCCAGCUCGAGGCCCAAACCCGCCCUGGACGAGAAGACCCCUGAGGGCCCGCGGCGAGAGGCGCCCCGGCCCCCAGAGGUGGAGGCCCCCCCAGGCCAAGGGAAUGGUGCCCGUCACGGGCCCGGGCGCCCCAGGGCCGUGGCCUCGCCUGGCCCGCAAGAGCUCGGCUUCCCAAAGUGCUUCCAGGAGACGCCGUCCGGCUGUACCGCCAGCCCCGGGCCCCCGCCCCUCAGGGCCCCCGGGAGCAGCAGCGCCAGCGCCCGCCGGCUCGUCUCCUACGUGGAAUUCCAGGCCCGUGGGGCCGACGCCUGGCCUCCUCCGGCUGAGGACAGCUUCCCAGGUGCUCGUUUUGGGGUCGCCCCCCCUGAGCCGGAGCCCUUUCCCGCAGGCGGCAGCCCCGGGGUGGCUGCCUUCCAGUUCCCCUUCCCGGAGCUGCACGGGGCCGGCCCCAAACCCUUCCCCGAGGACGCGGGCAGGGCGCUAGCGCGCGCCUUCCACCAGCCUCGGGGAGCGUGGCCGGAGGAGCCGGCGGGCACCGGCCCGGCCUACCCGCCGCCCGCCCGGCCGGCCCCCAGACACCCGCCCUGCUACCCCGGCCCCCCCGGCGGCCUCGGCGGCGCGCUCCCUCCCCCUGGCGCGGCGCACCCGGCCCCCGGCCCCUUCUCGGAGAACACAGCCGCCUUCCGGGCCGGUCCGCACGCGGGCGUGACCACAGCGCUCCCUGAGAGGCCACCUUCGGCCCACGACGGGCUGGGGAGCCCCGGGGGGCCCCCACACUGUCUGGCCCAGAGGCAGGUUCCCACGCAGGCGUACGGCAGCCCCGCAGCCGGCGGGGCGGGCACCGGCCCGGGGCCUCGGGACGCGGAGCUGACCGUCUCGGGGCCCGCCCCCGCCCGGCUGCCCCAGCGGUGGGACCCCCCCCCAGCCCCUCACCCCACACCUCCCCUGGGCCCCCCGGCCACCGCCGGGAGUGCAUUCUUCGAAGCCCAGCCCAGCCCAGGCCAGCGGCUCAGCCUCCCCCAGAGCCCCCCGCUGCCCUGGCCCCAGGUACUCCCUGCUGCCGGGCCCACCCCCCACCAGAUGGAGAUGCGGAACCGGCUGCCUUUCCGCCCGGGGGUCCCCGAGUGGCAGGCGGGCAGCCAGGGCGCCCUGGGGGCGACCAGCAAGACGCCCGGGCCAGGCGAGACGCUGACGGUCCUGCGAAGCAGCCCGGGCCGGCGCGGCGGUGGCUCCCCCGGGCUGUUCACCUACAACGGGCUGAAGGACCCCGGAGCCCAGCCCCUGUUCUUCGGGGCGGCCCAGCCCCAGGCCUCACCCCGGGGCCCCCCCGGCCUGCCCCCACCCAGGGUGGUGGGAGCCUCCCCCAGCGAGUCCCCGCUGCCCUCGCCGGCCACGCACACGGCCAGCAGCACCUGCUCCUCUCUGUCGCCCCUGUCCAGCAGCCCGGCGAACCCCAGCUCAGACGAGAGCCAGCUCCCCGGGCCGCUCGGGCCCUCCGCCUUCUUCCACCCGCCCACCCACCCCCAGGAGACCGGCAGCCCCUUCCCGCCCCCCGAGGGCUCGCGUGCCCUCCCCGUGCCCUACCAGCCUGAGCCAGUCAAGGCCUUCCCUUUCCCCACAGAGGGGCUGGAGGAGACCCCGUUCCCCAGCUCGGGGCUCGAGGCCGGCAGCGCGGGCCUGGAGGGCUUCCCCCAGGAGCCGCCCCCCUACUCCGCCCACCACUUCCCCCUCAGCAGUGCCAGCCUGGACCAGCUGGACGUGCUACUCACCUGUAGGCAGUGCGACCGGAACUACAGCAGCCUGGCCGCCUUCCUGGGGCACCGGCAGUUCUGCAGCCUGCUGCCGGCCCGGGCCAAGGGGGGACGCCAGCAGCCCCCAGGGCUCCCCGCGGCCCCUGCCGCCCCCUCUGCACUGGCCGCCCCCAAGGCGCCGGGCCGCGGGACCCCGAGCCCACUCAGCCACGCCAGGACAGCGCCCUUCCUGCUGGGCGGGGACGUCCGGCCCGAUGGCAGAGACGACCCCCUGAGGACGAGCUUCCUGCCCGGGCUGGCCACCGCCCCCUUUGCACUGCCGGCGGGGGACCUGGACCUGGAGGACGCCGCCAAGCUGGACAGCCUCAUCACGGAGGCGCUCAACGGCCUGGAGUACCAGUCAGACAGCCCUGAGAUCGACAGCAGCUUCAUCGAUGUCUUCACCGACGAGGAACCUUCCGGCCCCAGGGGCCCCGCCGCUGGGCAGCCCCCCAAGACCAGGCUGGGGGCCACGCCAGAGGACAAGGCCCAGGCCCCACUCCCAGCGGCAGACGCCCCGCUGGGGCCCCAGCCCCCCCAGCCUGGCGACGGGGGCUACCCCGCCGGCCCCAGGCCCAAAACCCGCUCCCUGGGCCCGGCCCCAGCAGAGGCAGACGCGGCCGGCCUGGGUGGCCAGCAGAGGAGAGGAAAGCGGUUUAAGUUGUUCCGGAAAGAGCUGGACACAGUCAACACCGCCAAGAGGCCAGGCAGGGGCUCCAGGGCCGCCCGCCUGAGGCCAAGGAGGAGAGGCCGGGCUGAGCAUCCACCGUCCCGUCCGCGGGACCUCAGAACCCAGGCCCCCAGGAGCCACACAGACCCCGGGGGACGGGCUCUCCCGGUGGAGACGAGGAGCUCCAGGCGCCUCCGACUGUCCCCCGGCAAGGACUGCAGGCGGAGGCAGGCGCGAGGCGGCACCUGGAGCAAAGAGCUCAUCCACAAGAUCGUGCAGCAGAAGAACCGGGCGGGCAAGCGCGGCCCAGCCCCAGGCGCCGAGGACGGCGGGCCCCAGGACUGCGACUGCGCCUCGGAGUCUGAGGAGGAGGACGGCCCACGGCCGCGGGGCUCCCGCGUCAGAAGCCAGCCCUGCCCCAAUGGCCGGCGAUGGCGCCGGGGCGAAAAGAGGAAGGAAGUGGACCUGACACCGGGUCCCAGAGAAGACGGGCAGCGGCAGAAACCCAGGAAGGUCGUGAGGCAGGAGGCCGCGAGGCCCGGGGGCUCCCCAGGCCCAGAGGAGCUGGGCAGGCCUUGGCCAGGCCCCACCGAGAGUCCCAAGGCCCAGGGCCCGUCCCACAGCCCAGAGACUAGAGCGGCCCCCGAGCAGAGAGGGCCCCAGCACCUCCCGCAGGCUCUCACUGGCGCCAAGACCCCAGAGGAAAGCCAUCCACCCCCGGCCUCCCCCCAAGACCCCGAGAGCCCAAGGACUGCUGAAGAGCUUCCGCCUGACGCCACAAAGCUUCGCGGGGAGGCUCUGAGCGCCUCUCCAGCCAGCUGUGGGGGAGGAGGCCCCUGCCCCCCAAGGCCAGAGCGACUGCAGCCCCGCGGGGAGGAGGCCCGGCUGCCCCUCGCGCGCUCACCCACGCGGGGUGCCGCCCGGUGCUCAGAGCCAGCUGUCCUCCAGGAUGGAGAGGCCCCCCCUGCCUCCCUGCCAGGAGACCCACUGGCGCCUGUUGCCAGCGCUGACACAGCCUACCCUGAACCCAGCACCCUCUUCUUGAAGACCCCGGGUCUUGGAGAUUCCGCAGGGGUUCCAGCUACCGAAAGGGGACCUCAGCCCUGCAGCAGCCCUCCCAGGGAAUUGUUCCUUGAACCCAAAGACCUGGCGGGCGAUUUCCACACAGACCUGGGUUCCCAGUCCUCAGCCCCAGACAGCCCUCCAGCCAUCAGGGUAUGCCUCCGCCAGGGUGGCGAGGAUGCCAGUUCCAAAGAGCCAAAGCCGCCCAGGAACCCACCCUACAUGACUGUCGCGGGCCCAGGCAAAGCCGAAUGGCCACCGGCCUUGGAGCCCGGGCCCCUCUUCCCGGGGCUGCCCAGGGACGGCUUCGACCUGCCGAUCUACGGCAGCCUCUCUGGAAAUGGAGACACCCACGUGCCGUGUGCGUGUGCCGCCCCUCCCCCAAGAAAACCCCAGCUAGACCCACUGUACCCCUCGUUUCUGCCCGAGAAGGGCUGGUGCCUGCUGGAGGACGUGUCCUCCGUACCAUCCGGCCCUCCAGGCCCUUUUCCCAGCUUCUCGGGGGAAAAGGCAUCCCAUCGGAAGCAUCCGAGCCGAGGGACCGUGGCUUCCAGCCUCCCCGCUUCAUCCGACGAGGCUGUGGAAGGCAGCACCGCGCGUGCUGGCGGCCUGUCCGAGGCGGAGCUGGAGAUCAAGAGGCUGGUCACCGAGCUGGAGAGUCAGCUGCACAGCAGAGGCGCGCAGGAGGCCCCGCGGGAGCCGAGCAGAGCCCACGUCCCCAGUCCUCGGGGACCACGUCCACACCCAGAGGAGACCGAAGCAGCUGUGGCCACCACGGGGGGCACCCUGGGGAGGCCCCGGGAGGCGUGGCUCUCGUUCCACCCAGAAGACACAGCCCUGGCCCCCAGCACCCACGAGGACAUGGUUCCUGGGGGUCCUUUCAGCCCCACUGGGGCCAGCCUCCGUUUCCAGCCAGUGCAAAAAGACAGAGUCUCCAAGGCGGGGCUCCCCGGGGCCCGCCCACAAGUCUGUUUACCAGACCCCCCGUUGGACGUAUGGAGUUUAACACAGUGCAGCCCACACCCUGAGCCUUUACUUCCUGAGGGUAGCAGGGCCACCAGGACACAGCACAGCCAAGGCCUCCCGCUGCUCCCUCCCUGCCCACAGGGAGGGGGGCUUUCCCCGGGACCCUGCAUGGCGCCCGGGCCCUGCCGUGACCCCCCAGAGCCGGAAGCACUUGGCAGCCCUGUUGCCCAGCUGCCACCUGGCUUGGCCCUUCGGGGUGGCGGGCUUGUGCCUCUGGGUGCCACCUCACCUUCUGGUGCCAGUCAUAGCAGCUACCCCAAGGGACACUCUGUGAGCAGCACAGCUGGGCCAGGAGGAGCAGGGCUCCCACCCCCUGUAGCAGGGGGCCCUGGCCCGGAGGGGAAGGAGGAGUCUGUACCCGCCGGGGCCUCCCCAAGUCGUGCCUGUGUGCCCAGGCCCAGCCCUGGCCCGAGGCCCCAGGCCCCAGCCUCGAGCCCCCUCCAUCAGCUCCAGCUCCUGGUGGCCAGGGCGGCUGAAACAGAUGACGCCCAGGGCUCACAGGGGCCCCCGCCCGCCGACGCCCAGAGCCCCCAGCACAGCGACCCCUUAGAUCUGGGAGGGGACAGUGUGGAAGGUGGGAAAAUGGCCCGCAGCCCUGCCCGGGGCUUCCCGGGGGGUGUGCAGACGACAGCUGUCCCUGCCGUAGCCGGACGCCACCUGGGGCCAGAGCGAGAUGGACGUCCGGGCUCACGUGGCCAGGCCGGGACGCCCAAGGGUCACGUCGAAGCCGGCCAACUGCAGCCACGUGACCAGGGGAGGCCUGGGCAGCCAGACGACCUCGCCACAGCCCGUGCUGGCCCUGAAACCACAGCGGCUGGGCUGGCUGGGGCCACAGACCAGCUAGAGGGGCAGCUGCAGGGAAGCAGGGCGGCCGUGGGCCUUUGGAACGGGCCACGGGCCACCCCAAGCCCCACCUCCUCUGAGGCAGAACCUUCCGUCCCGGCCUGGGCGGUAGCCAACACCCAAGAGGGGCCUGAGAACCAGACUCCAGAGGCAGCCGCUGGCCCAGGCCUGGAGAAGCAUCUGCUGUUCGCUGGGGAGAGCCCAGCAGCCCCCACCAGGGACCUGGCCAGCUGCACCCCCUCACCCACCUCUGCAGCCACCCCUAAUCCCUACCACCUCGAGCCCCUGCCCAAGGACACCACUCCUGCGGCACCUUCCGGGGAGCUCGAGGGGCUGCACCCAGCGCCCCUGUCCUGCCGGGGCCCUGCCAGCCCGCAGCUCCUGCCAGCCGGGCCUUCUGCCUGGGCACCUCCAAAAAGGGCCAAUUGCACCCCAGCCCCCACAGACGCUGGGGCACCCCUGGCAGUGCCCCCAUCGGUGAGGACAAGCCCCUGUGGCCUCCUGGAAGACCCUCCCAAGGAGCCCAGCUUCAUCAGUGUCUUCACUCCCGCCCGUGGAGGGGACUGCCCUGCAGAUCCCAUGGCAAGAACCCUAGAGGGUUCCAGAAAAGAGAGGCCAAGGGAGGCUCCUGCCUGUGCGACCCUUCCCCAUCCAGCGGGGGCUACCUCCCCGAGAGCGACUGUCAAGGCCGCCGCCCUGCCCGACACCCCUAGCACAGGUGGCCUGGGAACAGUCAGAGGGCCCAGGGCUGAGUGGCCAGGCCCUGGGCGAGCGCCAUCCAACACCCACCCAGAUGGGGUGCCCGAGGGCUCCUCCGCAGAACCCCCAGGCAACAGCGAAGGCCAGGGUGUCACCGCUGUGCCCCCUGGCCCUUCCACACGGGGGGCCGCAGGGCCAGAUCCCCACACCUGCCAGGAAGGCGAAGCAGAGGCCAGCCUCCAAGGACAGGAGGGCCUAGAGACGCCUGGGGCUGGGCGCCCUGCCGUUACAGAGGCACCCAGAGCUGCCACCCGGGGUCUGGGGGUGACCUCUCCUUCCGCAGAGCCCCACCCGGGCAGAACCACGCCUCUGAGCAGCACAGCCGGCGCGUCUGGACCCCACGCCCCACAAAGCCUCGGAAACGUCCUCCACCAGAGAUCCCAGGGGGAUCCCCUCAGGCCCCAGGACCCCAGACAGAAGCCUCGUGGCUUUAAAAAGGAGCCUGUGUUCACUGAGAACGGCCACUGGAGGGGCGGAGCCCCCAGCGGGCGGCCUGCGACCUGCGAAGUCUGUUCGGCCUGCUUCUGCUCCGGGCCGGGCCUGAGCCGCCACAGAGCCCGGAAGCACGGGCUGCACGGGCGGGCUGCCUCCCAGCCGAGCCCAACGGCCCCGCCUGCUCCCCAGACACACCACCCCCCAGGGAAGAAGAGCCGCAGGGCGCCAGGGAAGGAGAAACCCAGGCACGUGGUGCGAGAGCCCAGCCAGGCCGGUGGGCCACCUCCUGGCUCUGUGGCUUCUGAGGUUGCCCAGGGUCCCGAUGUGUCCAAAGGGCUUCGGCGGGGGCUCAGCCUUCUGGGAGCACCAGGCUGUCCCCCAGGCUGGGAACCACAGCCCCCGGACGUGGUCAAGCAAGGGGUGGACAUGAGGCCUGCAGAGCCCAGGAAAUGGGACCAGCCACAGAGGGAUGAGCCCCGUCCCACACAGGCAGGGAGAGGCGGGGGCCAGAGGCGGGGCAGACCGCCCGCAGACCUCCCCAGCGAGUCAGAGGGGAAAUCCAGCGGGAAAGCGAGAAAGCCGAGAGCGAGAAGGUGCCGGGAGGAGAGCGGUCCCCAGGUCCCUGCAGGGGUGACUUCAGGGAGAAGACGCUGGAAUCCAUCAGCUGCCGUUGGCAACGGCCCGGCUCUCCCGAGCCGCCGCCGCCUCUCACCAGAGGCAGAGCAGGAGGCGGAGGCCACGCAGCCACCUCUCCUGCCCACGGACCUGGAGGAGACGGCUGCACAGAAGUCACCUGGGGAUUGGGUGGCCUGUCCAGGGAUGGUGGAGGGGGCGCCUCCUGGGGAAAGGCCAGCGGGGCGGAAGGCAGCCCCGGCAAGGGGGUGCGGGGGACCCAGAGGGACCAGGACACCUGGCGUCUGCAAAGAGCCGUCGAGGGCGGCUGGGGAUACGCCUACAGGGGACAGCAGAGUGGACGAGAGGAGGUCAGGGCAAGGUGUCUGGGAGGGGCCCGAGCCCCCCCGGCACGUCCAGGGCCCUCCCGAGAUGCGUGGUGCGGAAGCAGGCGGCCCCGUCAGCAGUUGCCUCCAGGACCCUCUGCACAGUCCGGGAGAGGGGAUCCAGGAGCAGGAGGGCACCGUUCCUGAAGCCCCCAGCCCGGAUCUCAGAGACCCUCUGAGCUUGUUUGAUGAUGAGGCCUCCUUUUCCCAGCUCUUCCCCCUGGGAGACCGCCUGGCUCGGAAGAAGAACCCCCGGGUCUACGGGAAGCGCUGUAGAAAGUCAAAGCCCCCUCCCCGGCCCGAGCCCAGCAGCCGGGCAGAGGGCAGUGUCGCUCUGUCCUCCGCCCGCCUGCCCACAGACCUCAGCGACUCUGGCUCGCUCUGCCUGUCCCACGAGGACCCGUGGGGUGACGAGGCUGCGGGUCUGCCCGAGUCCUUCCUCCUGGAGGGCUUCCUCAGCAGCAAGGUGCCUGGCAUUGACCCCUGGGCCCCGGGCCCCAGCCCGUGGGCCCUAGAGCCCCACCCGGAGGUGGACCCCUGCUGUGCCGAGGACCACCUGUCAGAAAACAUCCCCGAGCUGCACAUGGUCCCCGCGGCUUGGCGAGGCCUGGAGCUGCGGGCCCCCGCCGACGAGGCCACUUCUUCUCCGGGCGACACGAGCCCCGAGCCCCCCGACCUGGUGCGAGAGCAGUACGACUGCAGUGUCCCCGGGAGCGCCGCGGACCUGGAGAUACAGGACCUGUGCUUCCUGGGGCCCCGCGAAGACCCUGUGCGUCUCCCCGGCGCCAGCUGCUCGGGCCUGACGGCCACCGCGGCCAGUCCCGGGGGCCCGCAGGGCAGGACGGAGGAGGAGGCGGCGGCGGCGGCCGGGGCGGGAAGGGCCCCCGGAGGAGGCCGGCCCGCCAAGGCCAGGAGGGCGUCCCACAAGUGCAGGGUGUGCUUCCAGCGCUUCCACGGCCUGGGCGAGCUGGACCUCCACAAGCUGGCGCACAGCCCCUCGCCGCCCCCCACCUGCUACAUGUGCGUGGCGCGCAGGUUCGGCUCGCGCGAGCUGCUGCGCGAGCACCUGCAGGAGAAGCACGUGCAGAGCAAGGCGGGGCUGUGGGCCUGCGGCAUGUGCCGCCGCGAGGUGGCCGACGUCUGGAUGUACAACGAGCACCUGCGCGAGCACGCCGCGCGCUUCGCCCGCCGGGGGCCGGCGCGGGCACCCCCGGGGGAGCCCCCCGCGCGCGCGGCCGCCGGGGCCCCGCGGGCCCGGCGCGCGGCCCCGAGGCCCCGGGCGGGCGACCCCCCGCGCGGCGCGCCGCCGCCUCCGCCGCCGGCGCCCCGGGACCGCCGCGACCCCGCGCGCGACUGCCACCACUGCGGGAAGCGCUUCCCCAAGCCCUUCAAGCUGCAGCGCCACCUGGCGGUGCACAGCGCGCGGCGCGUCUACCUGUGCCCGCGCUGCCCGCGCGUCUACCCCGCGCCCCGCGAGCUGCGCGCCCACCUGGGCGGCGCGCACGGGCUGCGCGGGCCGCUGGAGCUGCCGCACACGCCGCUCUUCGCCUGCGAGCUCUGCGCCGACGUGGCGCACAUCAGCCGGCGCUCCUUCGCCUGCAGCGCCUGCAACUACACCUUCGCCAAGAAGGAGCAGUUCGACCGGCACAUGGACAAGCACCGGAGGACCGGGCCGCGGCCCUUCGCGUUCCGCGGCGUGCGCAGGCCCGGCGCCCCCGGGCACAAGGGCCCGGCGCGCGAGGGCUCGCUGCCCGGCAGACGGCGCGGGGCGGCCACGCCCGGCGGCUCCCCCGGGGCCGGCGUGGACGCGCCUCCGCCCCGCGGCGGCGGCGGCAGCCCCGCGCUGAGCGAGGCGUCCCUCCCGGCCCCGCUCCCGCCCUGCCCGGAGGCGGCUCCCGGCACCCCCGCGGGGCCGCCCGGGACCCCGGAGAGGCCCGGAGACCCUGUGGGCCGCCUGGCCGGGGGCGGGGACCCGGCCUCCGACCUCCCGGAGCUCCUGCCCCCGUCUCUGUCUCCUUUCCCGGCGGCCUCGGCUGACGGCAGGGAUGGCCACAAGCCGGGCCGGGCCCUGGAGAGCUGCGAGGACGAGGCUUCCCCGGGCAGCCCUGGGCGCCUCCUCCAGCAGGCUCUCCCCUUGGGGGGCUCUCUGCCCCGGCCGGGGGCUGGAGGCCAAGACGUGAAGGAAAAGAGGGCAGCUGGCCCAUUCUCAGGGAAACACAGGACACCGAGUGCCCCUGGCACAUGUGCCCCUGACCAGCACCCGGAAGCCCCCUCUCUGCUCCGGAAGGAGAAGCAGGUGUCCACGUGUCUCACGGCGCCUGCGGGGGGGACAGGAGGCCCCUCCCACAGGGGCAGUGCCACCAAGCCUGGGGGCUGCAGGAGCUCGUCAAAGGACAGGUCAGCCUCAUCCACCCCCAGCAAAGCGCCCAAGCUCCCAGUACAACUGAAAAAGGCGGUGGCCGGCCCAACGCCCGGAGAGCUCCCCUGCGGCACUGAGGACAGGCUGAAGCCCACCGCCCUCAAAGUCAAGCCAGGCCCCAGCUCCCAGGGUGCUGGAGGCCCCCGUCAGGGCACCAAGGCAGCAGGCGGCAGCCAGCCCCAGCCGGCCAGCGGGCAGCUCCAAAGUGAGACAGCCACCACCCCAGCCAAGCCCAACUGCCCAGGCCAGGGCCCCGCCCCAGACAAGGCCCCACCUCGAGCCCCAGCCAAGGGCUGCCCCAAGGGCCCAAGGGAAGCUGAUGACCAGGGGCCGCGAGGGAGCCUGGGCCCCAGGGAGGAUGGGGACAGCAAUGAGAAGAAGAGGAAGGGCCGGGCCCCGGGGCCAGCCAGGAGCGAAGGUGCGGGGAGCCUGGGGAGAGGCCUCUCGGUCCCUGACAAACCCCCCCGGGCCCCCCGAAAGCAGGCGACUCCCAGCCGCGUGCUCCCCGCCAAGCCCAAGCCCAGUAGCCAGAACGGCACGAUGCCCCCCCAGCCCUCAGAGCCGCGGAAGGGGGGGGCCAGCCACACCCACGGGAAUACCAGGCGAGGCAGGGAGGUGCUGGGCAAGGCACUCCCCCAGGCGAGACCCCUGCACAGGCCCCCCAGGAGGGGCGGGACUGUCCACGGAGCUGAGCCCCCCGACUCCCGAGCCUGCCGGACAGCCGAGUCCCAGAGCCACCUCCUCAGCCAGCUCUUUGGGCAGAGACUAACCAGCUUCAAGAUCCCUUUAAAAAAGGACUCUUCUGAGUAAUUUAUAGGAGCCAAUGAGUGCCUGGCAGUGGGGCUGGGGACAAACUCGCAAAUGGGGGACCCCAGUCUAUGCGGAGGGGCUCUGGUCCUCCGAGGGUUUGCCUGGUGGCCACAUCUUAAUCCACCUGACGUACCGUGCACAUGCUCAGACUUUGGUGUUAGAGCUGCGAUUCUGAUGCCUUGAGCAGGGCCUGGGGUGGAUAGCAAUCUCUUUGUAGCCGGAAGGUGAGGGUGAGGGGCGGGACAGCUGCAGCCUCCUUGAGACCACGCAGCCAAGAAAUUAGAGAGAGCAGCUUACUGCCCCCAGCCCCGUAUGCCACAGAACCCCUCACUUUAAGGGUUUGCACAGGGCCCCCCACCUGUGUCAUCUAGCAGGAAGUAAGUUGAGGCAGCCGCCAGUCAGAUGGUGGCAGCCUCUGUCUUGGUGUCAUUGCUGCUGUUGCUGGAAUUCCAAAGCGACCCUAGACAUCAGACGGGGGCAGAAGAGCCGUCUGUGAGCUGCCCGGCCCCCCAGAGCACAACAGGCCUUCUCCGACCACCAGGUCUGCCAGCCACUGUCUGUGGGGCUGACGGAAAAGCCGGUCUCCGGUCCACCUUGACCCCUGGUCCUCCCUCCCACCCCUACCGCCCCCAGCCCGGCCUCCACGGUUGCCCUCUCUAGAGCCUUCCUCCUACAUGGAGCUCUCUGCUGCAAGUAUCAGCAAUUUGACUCUGAAGUUUCUGGUGCUAUUUCAUUUUGUAAUGUGAAUACAGGCUUCCUUGAUCUGUUUCA